AUGGUACCUACAAACCAGCAGGAGGAGCUCGGUGUCAGCAAUCAAGUUUCGGACCCAGCCAAAUCACGCAGUCAGAUUUUCAAGGAUAUUGAAGAUUUCCACGAGAGCCUAGAGGCGGAAAGGGUCCACCGAGUGUUGCUCAGAUGGCGCAAGAGGAAGCGCGACGACGAGCUGAGCAAUGGAACCGCAAUACUGGAGAAGAUCCUACGAACGCUCCACGAGGAGUUUGAGGAGCGCAAAGAGCGAGCAGAGCUUUGGGACCAAGCUCUCAUCGCCGAGAUCAAGACAGAGAAGGCGCGUCAGGAGCUUGAGGGGCGUGCCGCCGCGUCUGCCCUUUCCCCCGAGAAGCAGACGCGACUUGUGCAUGCUGUCGCCUCGGUGUUGAAUAUUGAGGUGUCAAGUGAAGAAGUGGGAAAGAUGCUUUCAAAGACAACUGCGGUGACAGGUUCAGUCGCAAAAUCUCUCAAGUCCACGCCUCCGACUCCACCGGCUGAUCAGCGUAGUCCUGUAUCACCUCGAAAUGCGGGAUCACCUCAUCUUGACACCCAUGUCCGGGAGUCGGAGUCCAGAACGCUGGAGAGCGCACCUCGCACGCCGGGCCUGCUGUCAAGGACAGACAGCCAGGCAGGAAGCCGUGACGACUACACAGCUUACCAACAAGGUCUGAGGCCAAAAGCACCAGGCAAAAUCACCAACACGGACCGAAACGGCCGAUCGAUGCUCCUCGACGCCGCCGAUCAAGAAGCCGAGAGUAGACGGCCCAUCGGCCUUGAAAUCAAACGCUCCAGAGAAGAAAUCCACUCGCCCGGCUCGGAAUACUCGCGUGUCAGACUGAAGGAGGUCAGACCCGAAAAUAUCUGA